CACGACCUUACCGGAAGCACUAAGCCUGCUCCCCAGUGUUUUGUGAUGUUGAUAAAAGUGUGUCUACGGGUGCUGUUGGAGCAAAAGUAAAAUGAACUGAUGUUAAAAAAAGUAUUUUAGAGAAUCCAUAAUGUCUAACCUGCAGGCGGUGAGGGAGCUGCUGGCUGAGAGGCUGGCGGCGGCUGCGGAGGAGAUCUUCAGCUCUGUGGAGACAGCAGACAUGCCCUCUGAACAGCAGAGAGCAGCUGUGCACAAGCGGCUGUCAGCGGUUGCAGACGAGAUCUUUAGGAUCCUGGAGGGCAUGAUGGGAGAGUAUGAGGCAGAAGUGUCCAAUUCCCACCAGAAGAGCCCAAGCCAAUGCCAACUGCCCGACGGCAUGUUAAAGACCGAGACAAAUGUAUCCAGUACAGAGACAUUGACGCUCCGAGGGUCGAACACCGAAAAUAAUGUUUCUUCUGAGCAGCAGAAGUCUGAGCAGAGCAAGACAUCCAGUCUGGUCCAGAAAUCAUUACAUUUAAAGUUUAAACAAGCUUCUACAGAGACAGACUGUGAUGUAAACCACAUUGGACUCUCACGUAACCAUCAAGCACAGAGAGAAGCAAAGGGAACCUCAACUAUGAUGGAAACGGAGACACUGCCACAUAGUGACCCCAAGGUUCUAUCAACGAGCAAUUCUGAAACUCCAAGUGAAGAUAACAACAGUGAGAUAAAUGAAAAACAUCUCAAAUCAUUUCAGAGACAUAGUCAGGGCGAGGAUUGUUGCCAAAUGUGUGGAAGGUCUUUCCUCAAUGGGGUCUUUCGAAAGAAAAUAACAAAACAUAAAAGGAACAAUUCUUCAACUACCAGGAGCCCAACUGCAGGACAGAGCUGUUGCAGAGUGUGUGGAAAGUUUUUCCACUACAAACGUUCUUUUCUGAAACACGUAGUUACGCACAAACAGAGCUCCGAUCUUUGUGGAGCCUGUGGGAAACAUCUGGAUUCCGACGAGAGCCUGGAGGUGCAUUUACAAACGCACAAAGAAGAAAACAUCUGCAGGGAUACAGAGGAGAAACAGUCAGAGGCAGAGGGCUCUGACACUGGGAAUAAAGAGGACAGUGAUGAAGAGUGGAAGGACAGUGAGGAAAGUGAUAGUGAGGAUGGAGACAGCGAGAAGGAAGAGAUCAAAGACCAACCUUGUUUACGAAAGUCAAAAAGAACUAAAAAUAAUGAUUACAAGAAUUUAUCUCAAUCAAAAUACCUCUGUAAAGUAUGUGGCAAAUCUUUCUCCUACAGAGCCUCGUUUUUUAGGCAUGUGCUAGAAGACGAGGAGGAUACAGAUGUUUGUGGCGUAUGCGGGGUACGUUUUGAGUCCGAGGAAAGCCUGAGGAUUCACUUGCAAACCUACAUCCGGACGGAUGAUUGUGAAGUCUGUGGGAAACACUUUGAUGGCCACAAACAACUGGAGAUGCACAUGAGGACCCACACGGGAGAGAAACCAUACAUCUGCACAGUGUGUGGCAAGGCAUUCGCUCAAAACGGGAACCUAAUGGGACACAUGAGAGUCCACACGGGGGAGAAACCGUACGUGUGCAGCGUGUGCGGGCAGAGCUUCAGCUUUAAAGAGUACAUGAUGGCUCACAUGAGGAUCCACACAGGGGAGAAACCCUUCCUCUGCAGCAUCUGUGGGAAAGGAUUCAGGCAGAGGGGGACUCUGAAAACACACACGAUGAUCCACACAGGAGAGUCCUCGCACCAAUGCAGCGUGUGUGACAAGAAGUUCUACAAAAGCGGAGCACUAAAGAUCCACAUGAGGUCGCACACCGGAGAGAAACCGUAUCUGUGCAACGUCUGUGGGAAAAGCUUCACGGCCAGCGGCUCGCUGACCAAACACAUGGGUGUCCACGAGGGGGAGCGAGCGCACAGCUGCAGCGUCUGCGGGAAAGGAUUCGCGAGGAAGGAGGAUCUGAAAAAACAUGUUCAGACUCACCAAGAGGAAUCCACCGUGCUGACAAGUCUUUAAUGUUUGUUAAAGGACAAGUUCAACAUUAAUAAUAAGCUAAUUCACUUUCUUUUCAAAAGUGAGAUGAGCAAAUCUAUACCAAGACCUGAAUUCUGUCAUUUUCCAAAUGUUGAAGUGCAAGGAGUUGCAUUUUCUCUCUUUUGUGAUGGUAAAUAUUUGAUUUUGGUCUGUUCAUAAGAAACAGACUUAGCUUUCAUAGAUAUAUUUCCAAUACCAUCUGUAUGUCAUAGUAUAAUGACUUAGCAAAAGAAUUAUAUUGAAAAGAUUAUGUUUUUUAAAUGUAUUUAAAAAGCUUGUAAAUGGAAAAAUGUUACCUUAAAUUAUGUGUUUUGAAUUUGGUGCCACAGUACACUGUUUUGAAUGAGCAAAAAGUGCAGGGAAUCUGUUUCUGAUUACUCUUUACAUUGCCUUUUCAAUGCAGUCUCAAGAUACUCUCAAACUAUUGUCGAAAAUAUGCAAAAAAACAACUAGUAUAGUUUAUCAAAAUCUUUAAAAACAACAACAACAUAGUAUAGGAUAUAACAUGUAUUUAUUAUAACUUCUGAACCUUUUCAGAACCAGCUGACCAGCUGAAAAUAAUAAUAAUCUUAAACUACCCAACAAUAAGUCAAUUGACAGAAUUUUGCUUUUGGUUGGACAAAACAAACAUUGUGAAGGUGUCAAUAUUCACUCUGGGAAAUUGUGAUGGCAUUUCUUACUGUUUUUUUACGAACCAAGCAAUGCUGCUUUUACAUUAAUGUAAUAGUAAUAAAAAAACAUUUAAGAGUAACGGGGGAUUCUGAGUAUUUUACAGUGUAGUUCUCAUACUAUUACUCAUGUAAGGAUCAAAAUACUUACUUCACCACUACCAGCGAUGAAUCCAACGCCCCUCACACGAGAAAGGCUUUUUAUUGUGAAGCUGCUCGACGGCUCCUCCUUUAGCUCUUGACGGCUUCACAUUUGUUAAAGUUUAAGUGUGUCUUGAUACAAAAAAAGAUCACACAAAGAUCAGUUUAAACACAAUUUAUUUUUCUGCUUAAAUAAUUACUUUGAUCAUCCAGUGUAGGCUAUGUUGGUUCGUCAUACAUGUUGGUACCAGAUUUAUCAUCAGCAAAGGAUGCUUAAGGUGGUUUCGUAUGAAAAAAGACAUACAGAGAGAAGAAAUUAAAUUUCACAUGAACUGUAUAUCAGAUUUCUAACCAUGUGGGAUUUAGCCAUUAAUACAAAUUGGAUAAUGGGGCUAAAAAUGACGUUCUGUGUUCUCAUGUAAAUACAACCUGUUAAAUAAAGAUAAAAGUCAUCAACCGUCAAAAUAAAAGUCCCCUUUUUAAAAUCACAGCAGACCUAAAAGCUUAAACGUACACGGCUAGUGUGCAUGAUGGGCUUACAUAUAGACAUUUGUAUUUGAUGUUUCACACACACAGGGCCGCUAGCAGUUAGGAGGAAACACAACGAGAUGCUCUGCAGGUUACACUGGGGGACGACGUCAGCACCUCACUGUGCGUCUGCUUUCAUGUUCGUAAAAAACUAAAUAAAAACAGUUAUAGAUGACACAUGGUUGGGUUAUUAUGAGUGCUAUCAAAGACAGAAGUACCAUCUCUCUAAUUGUAUUACAGUGUAUUUGAAUUAGGAGGAAAAUGAAAGGAAAGCGUUUAAAAUAAGGUGACGUCACAUGCAGCAAAAUAUUAUUUCUCUGAAGACAAAUAAUGUUCCACAUGAAGUACGUGUUGGCUUUUAAAGAAACGUCCUUUGUUUAAAAUCAAGCAGUUAUUAUUUUUUCUUCCAUUCCUUUCUCAUUUACAUACAGAUUAUUUUUUUUCUUAGUUAAUUCAUUUGGGACGAGCAUGGCAGGUCGCACUCAAGGCUGCUCAAACAGUGUCGACCUCAAUACAAAUGCACCGACUCGGCAAAGCUUCAACUCAAAUCAGUGCAUAAACAAUCUGUGAAGCUACUGAUUUCUAUUU